GCGGAGAGGAGGGAGAUCCGAGCGUCGGCUGCUGCGCCGGACUGCUCUGCUGAGGAGUGUGACCAUGGAAGACCUUGGGGAGAACACCACAGUCCUGUCCACCUUGAGGUCUCUGAACAGCUUCAUUUCUCAGAGAGUGGAGGGAGGUUCAGGCCUGGACAUGUCCACCUCUGCCCCAGGGUCCCUGCAGCUGCAGUAUGAGAAGAACAUGCAGCUGGAGGAAAGAGCACAGCAGAUCCGCUCGAAGUCCUACCUCAUCCAAGUGGAGCGGGAGAAGAUGCAGAUGGAGCUGAGCCACAAGAGGGCUCGAGUGGAGCUGGAGCGAGCUGCCAACACCAGUGCCAGGAACUACGAGCGUGAGGUAGAUCGUAACCAGGAGCUCCUGGCACGCAUUCGACAAUUCCAGGAGCGUGAGGCUGCGGCGGAAGAGAAGAUGCGGGAGCAGCUGGAGUGCCACAGGCUGUGCAAGCAGAACCUGGAUGCUACUAACCAGCAGCUUCGGGAACUGGAGGAUGACCUAGCUACAGCCAGGGAGAGGAUUAGUUCCUUGAAGGGGCGUGUCUCUGAGAUGCAGUUAAGUGCGAUGGACCAGAAGGUGCAAGUGAAGCGCCUGGAGUCUGAGAAGCAGGAACUGAAGGAGCAGCUGGACCUGCAGCAGCGGAAAUGUCAGGAGGCAAAUCAGAAGAUUCAGGAACUUCAGGUCAGUCAAGAAGAGAAAGCUGACCAGGAACAGAAGAUUAAGGACCUGGAGCAGAAGCUGUGCCUGCAAGAGCAAGAUGCAGCCGUGGUAAAGAGCAUGAAGUCUGAGCUGCUGCGUCUGCCCAAGAUAGAGCGUGAGCUGAAGAGGCUGCGUGAGGAAAACACUCAUCUGAGGGAGAUGAAGGAGACCAACGGGCUGCUCACCGAAGAGCUGGAAGGUCUGCAAAGGAAGCUGGGCCGUCAGGAGAAGAUGCAGGAAGCUCUGGUUGACCUGGAGUUGGAGAAGGAGAAGCUGCUUGCAAAGCUGCAGAGCUGGGAGAAACUGGACCAGACCAUGGGCUUGAAUCUCAG